CCACAUAGAGAGGCCAGGCCAAAUUCACAAACUUCUCUCUCCUCAUUUUGUGAUCGCAUAGCUUUCAAUUCUCUUUCUCUCUCUCUCUCUCUCUCUCUCUCUCUCAUGGCCACACAAGGAAGCCUCCUCCUUCAGAAACAACUCAAAGAUCUCUGUAAGCACCCUGUCGAUGGAUUCUCAGCCGGUUUGGUUGACGAGAGAAACAUCUUUGAAUGGAGCGUCACCAUAAUUGGACCGCCCGAGACUCUUUAUGAUGGAGGAUAUUUCAAUGCCAUCAUGAGUUUUCCAUCUAAUUACCCAAAUAGCCCACCAACGGUGAAGUUUAUUUCAAAGAUUUGGCAUCCCAAUGUUUAUACUGAUGGGCUGGUUUGCAUAUCAAUUCUCCAUCCUCCUGGUGAGGACCCGAAUGGCUAUGAGCUUGCAAGUGAACGCUGGUCGCCUGUACAUACUGUUGAAAGUAUAGUUUUGAGUAUCAUUUCAAUGCUUUCCAGUCCAAAUGAUGAAUCUCCAGCAAACAUAGAAGCAGCGAAGGAAUGGCGAGAGAGGAGGGAUGACUUCAAGAAAAAAGUUAGCCGCUGUGUGAGACGGACACAAGAAAUGUUCUGAUAUGCUUCCAUCUUCUCGUGGGUAUCGGGGAGUGUCUAUUUAUUGUGUGGGAGGACUGGUUCAACAUGUGUUUAUUGAUUCAUAAUAGAAUCCCGGUUGAAGCUCUUGCACCCAGUGUUUUAUUUUUUGUUACAUCAAGCUAUUCUCAUAAAACACAUUUCUGUAUUCAGGGGCCUUUGUAUAAGAGUUCAUUGCCACCUCUUGUUGUUCUCCUAUAUACUUAGGUAGUUCUUUGUGGCUUGUUCUCUCUCUCUCUCUCUCUUCUUUACUGCUCCCGUUUUUUUUCUUUUGUCUUUUUCUUUUUUUUCAAUUAUUACUCGAAUCUGUGUUUGUUUGGUUAAGCUGUAAAGGUAUAUAUAAAUUGUUCAUGUAGCUGGAAUUGUUUUUGA